CCUGCGAACAACCCUUUGUAGAAGUCUUUCGACCACACUCCAGGCCGACAGGUGGCGGUAAUGUCCCCGGUUAACCGUCGCCCUGAUAAAAAGGAAGGACAAGGACACUCGUUAGGAAACAUUGCUGAGAAACAACACGCUCACUGGUGAUCAUGGGCCGCCACUUUGGAGAUUUGGCCAAGGUCAGGCAUGUCAUCACAUACAGCCUGUCCCCAUUUGAGCAAAGGGCUUUCCCCAACUACUUCUCCAAGGGAAUCCCAAAUGUCUGGAGACGCUUCACAUCUUCUUUCUUCAAAGUUGCCCCUCCAAUGAUCGUCAUGUACAUAACGUACACCUGGGGCAACAGUGUCCAUCAGCAGGGCAAGAGGAAGAAUCUUGCUGACUAUGAGAAUGAUGAAUAAACGCCUCAUCUCUGAAAGCGGCCCUCUGUUGUUAAUUAAAACUCUGUACGUGUAACCAAUAAAGAUGGAAAUAUUUAUGUCAAA